GCGACAACCUUGGGUGAUACAAGUUCCACUCCUACUCCUACUCCUACUACUACAGUGCCACCUACCUUAGGUACCUUACCUAGGUACUGUAAGUUACCUAUCUAGGUACCUCCCGAUCGCCUAAGUUACCUUAAAUUUACCUGCGCCGUCAGGGCAAAUCACCCCACCCCGACCAUGCAGACUAAGUUACCUACCGAACCAGCGCACCACUUUCACUUUCGCUCUCACUCUCACUCUCACUCUCACUCUCCAAGAGAAAGUUAUCAGUGACACUCGCAUCGGCCUAGGAUAAGCCACCGCGAUGCAAAUGAGGAGUCCACGAAGUAAUCUUUUCAUACAGCCAGUACCACCCUAAAAUACUGUGGAUCAUGAUCAGACGUCUUUGACUUCCAUCGCUGAAUCGCCCUGGUCGAGACCCACCGAACUACGUUAAGAGAGAUAUCAGCCCAGAGCAGCAACACCCACACCACGCGUGUAUAUAUGGUUGGCUACCUGGCUUGGCUUGCGAAGAUGUUUUCUCUCGAACCACUGUCUAUCUUGUUCUCUAUACGGAAGUCAAGAUGUUCAAUCAGGUUAAGAUGAUCGUUUCCUUCUUCCUUUUGAUUGUCUUCGGUAUUGGCUCGGUGUUUUCUCAAACUCCACCUUAUGACCCAAGCCCAUUCGACGUCACGGGUACAAUCAAUGGCAUGGCACUCGAUACGACAACUACAAAUCCACUCAGGGGAGGAACCAUCACUGUUGACGGCAGCGUCAUAACCGUUCCAACCAACCUUCUUGCCACUCUUCCCGGUAUUACCGUUGCCUGGCCAGAACUUUUCAACAACGGUGCUGCAAAUCUACCUGGUGGCGUAACAUGGGAGGCACAUGUGAUUGGAAAUCGAGUUGGUGGUUCGAAUAUUGCCGGAUUGGUUUACAUAUCCCAGAAGUUUUCCCAGACUGUGCAGGGUUUCAUCACCUCCAUCAACAUCGGCACUGGGCACUUCACAAUUGGUGCCAGUAAUGUGGACUGCGUCUUGAAUGAUCCAGUCGGACGAUUCGGCCUCUCACAAAGUGGAAAUGAACUUUGGACCUCGGAUCCAGAUAACCCAUCGAUUCAUGCGGUAAAUGGAUUUCCUGUCUGUAUUCCUCGCUCGACUACAGACCCACUAUGCCCGGCUAAGAAUAGACCCAACGACCCUGCCACUGGGAAGCCUAUUACUACACUUACCUUCAAAGAUCCAGCAACUCUUACACCCACUGAUCCAGAUCCUCGUCAGAUGCUUCCACUUGCUGUCGGGGACUAUGUGACUGUAUCUGGAACGGAGAUCAGCGGUACUCUGUGGGUAAAUAAUCUCGUAGCAAAUCUAGCUAUUUUUACUGCAGCGGGAACAAAGCCCGCAUAUGUCACCUGCGAAGAAGCCAUAUUCGGUGUGGUUACGAACCAAGCUGGGGAAAUUGGACAGAGCCGUGCAGUUGCGUUCACAACUGAUGUUGGCGGUGGUCUCCUCGACUGGUUUGCCCUCGAUGUAGACCCAUGUACCGGAAAGACUACGGAAAGGACCUUGAACGUUCCGAUGCAGCCGAACAAUGCCAUACAACCUCUCGGUCGUGCUGUAUAUCGAACGCCGGUCAAGACUGAUCUCACCCCUGCAACGAGAUAUGUUGGAUUCAGGAUGGCAAGUGGUACCACAAUUGGAGCGGGAAAUAUAACAGCCGGUGAAUUCAUUCAGCCAAUUUUUGAUUACAUCUUCCCAGAACCUCUGGACUUCGGCGCACCUUUAUUCCCAAACUCAUUUGAGGUUAUUCCAUAUCUUGCCCUUGGAGGUGGCCCGUACACUCCAGGGAAGCUGGGCUUCCCUCUUCCAGCGUCUCAGGCCAUUGUUGGUCAAUUAAACCCAUGGCCAGGAGCUGUACCUCCCCCAGCAACGUCAUGUGCACCACUCCCAACCACUACCAUUACGCCAAGUUCUACUCUCACAACAGCUUCGUCUCCAACAGCCACUGUCAAACCGCCUGUGGAUACAAUUGUCAUUACCAGUGCCACUGGACGAAAUCAAAGAGGGGCAACAACUUUGACCGUCACAGCUACCACUACCAGCAAAGAUCCAACGAUACUUCUAAGUAUCACAGCCGCAGGACAGAAUCCAAUCCCACUUACUGCUAUGACACUUGUGAGCCCUGGGAGCUGGAGUUUUGUUGCCACUGUGAAGAGCAAACCACUCACUGUCACUGUAACGAGUUCUUUCGGAGGUGGACCGGUCACCGCAAAUGUAGUAUAGGUUACUAAACAAGCUAUUAAACUUCUUAAGAAGUAUCUCAUAAUUUAUAAGCUCUAGUUAUAUAUUUUACUUUAAACUAUACUUCUAGUAGGUAUAUAGAGGUAAU